UCGUAUUUCUUUCCAAACAGGGAAAAGUGUUCCCGAACGCGGUCGCGCCUCCAGCCUCGCCUUCUCCUCGCGGAGUCCGGACCCGGCUCCGGUGCGGGUGUGAGCGGCCGGGCCAGGCACCAGAAGCCCUCCGGGGCCCGGGGCGCGGGGGGCGCGGGGCGCGGGGCGGGUUCCCGCGCCCGCACAUGGCUGCAGCCCCCGGCGCGGCCCCCCCGGCGCCGCGCCCAGCUCGCCCCCGGCGCCUCGACCGCGCCGGCCCGCCCCGCAGCCCGGCAGCGCGGAGCGGGGGAGCGCCCCGCGGCCGGGGCCAGCAUGUCCCGCGUCCUCCUCCUCUGGCUAGUUUCAUACUAUGUUGGAACCUUGGGAACUCACACUGAAAUCAAGAGAGUGGCAGAGGAAAAGGUCACCUUGCCCUGUCACCAUCAACUGGGACUUCAGGAAAAAGACACCCUGGAUAUCGAAUGGCUACUCACAGAUAAUGAAGGGAAACAAAAAGUGGUGAUUACCUAUUCCAGUCGUCAUGUCUACAAUAACCUAACUGAGGAACAGAAUGGCCGAGUCGCCUUUGCUUCUAAUUUCCUGGCAGGAGAUGCUUCACUGCAAAUUGAGCCUCUAAAGCCUAGUGAUGAGGGCCAGUACACCUGUAAGGUGAAGAAUUCAGGACGUUAUGUGUGGAACUAUGUCAUCUUAAAAGUCUUAGUGAGACCAUCCAAGCCCAAGUGUGAGCUGGAAGGCGAGCUGACAGAAGGAAGUGACCUGACUCUGCAGUGUGAGUCAUCCUCUGGCACAAAGCCCAUUGUGUAUUACUGGCAGCGAGUCCGGGAGAAAGAAGGAGAGGAUGAACAUUUGCCUCCCAAAUCUAGGAUUGAUUACAACAACCCAGGACGAGUUCUCCUACAGAAUCUCACCAUGGCCUCUUCUGGGCUCUACAGAUGCACAGCAGGCAACGAGGCUGGGAAGGAAAGCUGUGUGGUGAGAGUAACCGUGCAGUAUGUACAAAGCAUCGGCAUGGUUGCAGGAGCAGUGACGGGCAUAGUGGCUGGAGCUCUGCUGAUUUUUCUCUUGGUGUGGCUGCUAAUCCGAAGGAAAGACAAAGAGAGAUAUGAGGAAGAGAGACCUAAUGAAAUUCGAGAAGAUGCUGAAGCUCCAAAAGCCCGCCUUGUGAAACCUAGCUCUUCCUCCUCAGGCUCUCAGAGCUCUCACUCUGGUUCUUCCUCCACUCGCUCCACAGCAAAUAGUGCCUCACGCAGCCAGCGGACACUGUCAACUGACGCAGCACCCCAGCCAGGGAUAGCCACCCAGCCAUACAGCCUACUUGGGGCUGACAUGAGAGGUUCUGAACCAAAGCAAGUCCACCGUGCUACCCUGACCAAAGCAGAAAACACAUCCAGCAUGAUCCCCAGUCAGAGUGGAGCCUUCCAAACUGUCUGAAUUAGAGGGGACUUUCCUAGGAGUCAGGAUCUUAGGAUUCUUCUAGUCACUGAAACUCAAGUCACCAGCCACAUAACCCCUUCAACCGUAUAAGAGGUGAUUUAAAUAGCAGUGAGCAUCAAGUGGAACAGAUUCGGAUGGGCACUUUUGUUUGUAUGACACCAAACAAGCAAAAAGAUGUAGGGUGAUCAUCUCCAGUAAGGCAUCUCAUAUUGCUUUUAGACCAGAGGAAAAGGAAGCAGUGAUCUAAAUUUGUCCGUUUGCUGACCAGGAUCUGUGGGGAAACUAGGGAAAGGUGAGGUGAACGUAUCUAAGAUUUCUCACCUCAGAUGUUUUGUAUCUAUAUAUUGAGUUACCAUUGUCAAGAAGAAAUGGGGUGUUUGGAAAUUUUGUGUUCAUUUCCAUAUACCUAUUAUUGGGUUAUUGUGAUAAUUCAUACAGCCAAACAGAACCCAUGGUCUUAUAUUAUACCUAUCUGCACCAGGUAUUGGGCUAAUUGUUUUGAAGAAAAGAAAAAGGAAGUAUGUUUCUUCUAGUCUGACUUGACUUCAUGUGCCAUAAAGUUUAGGUAUUAAUCUCAGAAGGUUUUGAAAUAGUAAGAGAUGGAAAAGAGUGAGUUUUUUCCACUGUACUACUAGUCUUAAGAUGAACCCUAAAAUAAAACCUAAAAAAGAAGUUUAAAAAGUGUGACAACAUUCUGUGAAAAGCUUCUCUUAAUGUUUGAAAGAUUACUGACAAAUAUCAUAACAACCUGCUGGAACAAUUGUGGAUUUUUACUCAAAGUAGAUUCCUCUCUUCUAAGGACUUCCCUGCUGCUGGACAUCUCUGGAAGAACAAAUAUUCUCUACAUGUCAUUUAACAAUGUUGUUUUAAAAGAAAAGUUUCCUAGAGAAAUAAGGUCUGGGAAUGUUAAUGAUCACGUGACAUAACAUUACAGCUUCCCUUUCUGAAAGUGUGUGAAACCAGAAUUUCAAGACUCAGUGAUUAGAUCAGUUAUCUCUUAAUAUGUUAAGGAAUGAUAUAAGGAAGUGUAGUAUUGCACCAAACUUUGAGCUUUCUCUAUUUUUCAUUUUAGAUGGAUACAAAUCUGGAAUUUUUACUGAUUCUAGGCCUUAAAUCAU